GCGAGCGCUGACGAGCGUUGGGCGGGAGUGGCGCGCGGGGCGCUGAGGAGUAGCGGCCGCGGUGCUGGCGGCGGAACCAGAGAAAUGGCAACUACACAAUCUGUCUUCACAUUUGCUCUCUGCAUUUUAAUGAUAACUGAAUUAAUAUUGGCUACAGAGAGCUAUUAUGAUAUCUUAGGAGUUCCAAAAAAUGCAUCUGACCGCCAGAUCAAGAAGGCAUUUCACAAACUGGCUAUGAAAUACCACCCAGACAAAAAUAAGAGUCCUGGUGCAGAAGCAAAGUUUAGAGAAAUUGCAGAAGCAUAUGAAACAUUAUCAGAUGAGAAUAAACGAAGAGAAUAUGAUCAGUUUGGCCGUCAUGGAGGACAGGGAAAUAAUGGAAGCCCAUUCCAUCAGUCAUUUAAUUUCAACUUUGAUGAUCUGUUCAAAGACUUUGACCUCUUUAGUCAAAAGUCAAGAUCCAAAAAGCACUUUGAAAAUCACUUCCGAAGUCAUCGUGAAGCUCACAGUCGUCAAAGACGUUCUUUCCAAGAGUUCUCCUUUGGAGGUGGACUGUUUGAUGAUGUCUUUGAAAAUAUGGAAAAAAUGUUUUCUUUUAGUGACUUUGAAAAUGCACACCGACAUGCGGUGCGAACUGAUACCCGGUUUCAUGGGUCCAGCAAGCACUGUAGGACUGUCACUCAAAGACGAGGGAACAUGGUGACCACCUAUACAGACUGUUCUGGACAAUAAUGUUUCUUUUUAUCUCUUCUCUUCUUUCAACAUCUUCAUAAUAUUUCUUGGUUUUGUGCUAACAUGGAAAAAAAUUCUAAAAGACACUUAACUGCUUUAAAGAAAUUUUAGAUGAAACUAAUUUUCAGAAUAGAAACAAUACACAUUUGGAAGGUAGACAUCUCACUAACAACUUACAGUGGCAGAGAAAUAAUUUCAUGUCACAGAAGAAAUUUGAUGUAGUUCAGUUUAGUAAACACUUCCCAUAAAUUUGAACACAACAUAUGUAUUAAAUCUGAGAGAUGCAAUGUAAUUUUUUUUUUAUAUAUGCCAAUACAGGACUGUUUGAGUUACUGGUGCAUGGAUUACAGAAGAUACUUUAAUUUUGAAAUGCUGCUUUUUUUUUUAUUAUGUCUUUCCAGGUUUCAACUUGCAGUUUUUACCUGAUGUGGACUUAACUGUGCAAACUAGGUAUUUACACAAAAUAGCCGUAGAAGUGAGUAAUUUGUGUCUUUUUUACUCUGUCCAGCCUUGCAAACAUGUAAUAAAACGCCGUUUAAAGCUGGAAAAUAACAACAGGGAGUAUGUUAAGAUUGUAGUUCACUAAGGAGAGUGAUGUAGGACUGACUUCUUUUUCCAAAUAACCUUUCAUUGGCUUGAGAAGAUCUUAUGAUUUAAGUAACCAUUAUUUAAGGGAUAUUCUUGUAUGUAAGUUUGUGUGCACAGAGUCUUUUUUUUCUCUUCCAGAAGUUAAAUAUCUCUUUUUCAAAGCUUGGAAGAGCACACUGAAAACACUCUUAUAUUUAUUAUAUUGCCAUGCUUGCAGUGUAGUUCCUCUAGCUCACUUUAUUGAACUUAAUCCUCUGUGCUCUAAUGAACUAAGAUAAACUUUCCUACAUAUUCCUAGGGUUUCUGGGAGGGUCUGAAUAAACAACAGAUUGUAUUUAGUUUGACAGAUUCAUUGUCAACUGAAAUUUUGCAGUAUUGUGAUUUGAAAGGUAAAUUCUUAGCAUAAACACAGAAAGAAAAUUAACAAUUGUAUUCAUCUUGUGACUUGUGGUGCUGGGAUCUGCUAAUAAGGACAGUAAAGAUGGAUAUCAGUUUCAGCAUGAUGGAAAUCCAUAGCCAGUCUAAACUAUUUAAAAAAAAACAAUAAACCACCAACAACAACACCCCCCAAACCCAACAACCCAAACAGAAAAAUAGCCAAAAACUGCACAAAACAACUCCCCACCUCCCAAAUAAACCCUUGAUUAUUCUAACCGGUGUAAAUCCAGGUUUAUUAUAUUAAUCUUUUUCCUCUUAAAAAUGUUGCUGUCACCCACAUAUUGCUGACUCUUCAGAACAGAUGGAUAAGAGUUUACCUUUGAGAUUGAUUGUAGGAGCAAAAUGAGCAUUUGAAACAGCUGUGUUCUAAAUAGACUGAUGUCUUGAAAUCUUUAUCAAGAGAUUUAACCCUUCACUUUUUGGGUGGGUAUUGAAAACUUCCUGUUUGCUAGGAAAUUUUAACCUUCCCUUCAAGGGUAUGUAUUACUGCUUCAGUUUUCAUUCACUAAAUACUUGGAAUGGAUUGUUGCAUUGUAUUAAGUGCUUUUCCUUUUCCAUCUUCUUUAUUUAUUAAUAGACUAAUACCUCAUAUAUGGUCUUUAUAAAAAGCCAGUAAUUUGUGCAACAUUAUCGGAAUGUGCAAUAUUCUUACAGUAGGAGAAGUGCUGGAGUAUGUUUGUUAUUUCCACCUUUUUUCUGUGUAAGUAGAGAUUUUUAGUUUCUUCUGUAUAGUUAAUAUAUGAUUCAAACAAAAGUUGUAAUUUGUGUAGAUUUCUGCAUUGUUUAAUAUCGUCCAGUAGUCUUGUGCAUGAAGCAAGUUGUCUGCCUAAUUCUUAUCACAUGAGCAUCCAAGUGAACAAAUUAUCUUUUAAGUUCUGAACUAAUUUCACAAAUAUAAUGCCUUUUUUGUUUUGGUGGUGUUUUUUGUGUUUUUUUUUUUUUUUUUAAAGAGGGUGUUUCUGUAUUCAUUUGAGGAGGUUUGUUCACACUGGAAGGACUUUGGAAAGAUGUGGUCCUUAGCAUUAAAUGUAAGAGUAUUAGUGAAUGUUGUUUAGAGGUGAUAAGUGUGGGAAGCAACUCUAGAAGCAGGAUGCAAAGGAAAAAUAUUAAUGGCUUACUUGAUAUAGGGAAUAUUUUUUUCAAUUAAAAAAAAUGGAACAGCAGAAUAACCAUCUUUUAAGUGUGAGAAAAGGAAUAUUUAAAAUUCCUACUAGAAGCAAACCACUCCUCUAGAGGCAGUUUCUUCAGUUAAGAAUUUGGGCCCAUUCCCUAAUUCUGAAUUAGAGGACUAAAAGGUAAAAUGAGCACUGUAAGUUGUAGGAAACAGCCACCUCCAAAAUGUAAGUCUGCUUAAAAUAACUUGAUGUGUUUGCUGUCAUUUGGGCUAAGCUUCUAAUUGAAAUUCAAGGAUCCUUGGCUGCUUCCAUGUUAAUGUCCUCUCUUUAAGGAUGCUCCAAGCCAUACUAGUACAAACUGAACUUACUGUCCUGAAGGCUUAAGUGUCAAAGUAUGAAGCUAGUUUUCUAAAUUAUUGUACCUUGAAAAGACUUCUGCCUAGUCUAUUUUUAUCUGCUUGCAGAUAAAACAGCCACCUAAUACUUCCUGUUGUUCAUAUGGCUUCUCCAAGACUUCUGCUUGGUUUGGGUAUUGAUUCAAAAGAGAGUCUGCCACUAGUAUUGCAGUCUACUCUGGCUAUCCAUAUGGCUUUCUAUGAUGAGUAGUAUACUUUGAAUAAACUUCAGCUGAAGAAAUUCUGUCAGGUUUUCCGUAGCCAGCAGUCUGCAGUUCCACGGCUACCAGGAAACAAGCUUGCAAAACAUGUUGUGCUUCUGACUUCUUCAGAGCUCUUGCACAUUCUUUUCCUAUUUAUAGUGUUUGCUUCAUGGCCAGCUCUCCAGUAGAAGUCCUGGUAUAACCUUAUGACAUCCCUGACUUGAGGAGUUUAAGUGCCAUAAUUGAUCUCUACAUAUCUUGUGAUACACCCAGCAAAACCCCUAGGUAUUAUUUGUUGUGAGAGGGUGAAAAAUAAAUUUCUUAAUUUUCAAAAAAAAGCGUUUAUGCAUAUGUAACUCCAAAUGGUUGAGUUUCUAAAACUCCAAAAAGUAGUGUUGCUUUCAUGUUUUGGGUUUUUUUUUAUUACACUUUUGAAACACGGUAUCUAGUGAAAAUGAAAAUGCUAUAAACUUAAUUAGGGUGCCAUUACAUUAAACAUAUGGAAAUUGUC